CAGUAAAAGGACGUUAUAAUUCAUCAACUCCAUUUUAUCUUGUCGAACCAGGCUUAGUUGUUACGUCCAACGCGUCACAGUUCGAUAAAGUCAAUUUUAAUUCGUGAAUAUGUUUUAGAAGACCGCCUCCCACUUGGACUAAUUGUGAAGGCGAGGCUACAGCGUCGGAGAAGAAGCAGCAGCCAUUUCAGCAACAGCCACAACUUGAAGGAGUAGGCCUGAUGGCAAACAUGGCAUGGUCAUAUCCCUCGCCAAAUAUUCACAACAUGUUUCCUCCAUAUUCGGGGCAAUUGUAUGGACCUGGAUAUCAAGGUGUACCUCAUCAAGGGCAAAUAUUUAAUUAUUAUCAUACAAUGAUGCCUGGAUAUGGACAACCUUUUACUCCACAGCAGAUGCAACAACAACAACAACAGCAGCAGCAGCAUCAACAGCAACAACAACAGCAGCAGCAGCAACAACAACAACAACAACCGCAACAACAACAGCAGGGCAACAGUCAAGGCAAACAGCUUCAUCAACAGCCACCUGUACCUGGGACACCAAUGUCUUUGGAGGAUGAAUCCGAUCUUCCUCCUCUUCCACCUGGACCACCACCAUCUUUACCAACAUCUCAACAGCACAACAAUCAAGUACAACAAACUAUGCAACCUCAUCCAGGAUACAUGUAUAACUCUUUUCCUUAUGGUAGCUGGAAUGGAAUGCAUGGUGAUAUGUCUCAAUACAAUAACCAGAUUCGUUUCAAUGUGCAAAACAAGAAAAACGGUUUGGCAUUUACUCCGUCCGGCAAUAGUGGGGCUGCGAAGAAAAAACGUAAGCGGAACAAAAACUUAGCAGCUCAAUUCAACAAUAGCUUUCAGGGGAAUAGUCCGACAACCACAUUCGUUCCGGGUCCCAAUUUGAAGACUGAACUACCACCCUUACCUCCUACACAACAUGAAGUAGCAGCUCCUCCUCCACCAACCGAAGAAUCCCCUGCUCCUACUACACCUGCUACUACUACCGUUAAUACAACUCCUAGUGUUGGUACUCCAGCGAUAGGUACCCCUUCUGUCGUGACAACCACCAGUCCAGUCGGAGAUUGGCCUGACAGCCUGAAGAACUAUGUAAAUCGAUGUUACGAGAAGUGCAAGACUGCAGUGGACAAGGAUCAAGUUGAGAUUAUAUUAAAGGGAAAGAUUACACGCGCUGCGAACGAUGGCUCGCUAUGGGUGAAGGAUUGGGACAAAGAACCUUUACCUAGCAUCCACAGCGAACGUAUGACGAUGACGAUAAAGCCUCAGAAACCAGCGUUAAAGUUGACUAAUCUAGCUAAUCUGCUGGUCACUGCACAGGGAGGCUUGCGCAAGCCAGGCCUCUCUACUUCUCUCGGGGCUCGGCUUGGUGCGCGUCUCUCUGUGAGUCACAAACGGUCGAGAUCAAGGUCGAAGACUAGAUCAAGGUCAAAGUCAAGAUCGAGGUCGAGGUCGAGGUCAAGGUCGAGAUCAAAGUCGAAAUCGCGUUCGAAUACACGUAGCCCACCGUCCCGAAAGUACAGGCGUAGUACAUCGUCCUCGUCCAAUGUUAGCGACCGGGAACACGAUUACAAAUCGUUAAAGACGAAAAAGUCCACUAAAAGCAAACAAAAUCACAGCAGCAAGAAAACAAAGAAGACUAAACAGAUGAAAUCACAUUUCUAUUCAGAGUUUGGUUUAGCUACAGGCAACACUGAGGAGCUAGGAUCCAAGGAGAAACUACAACAACGCGCUGCAAGAUUUAACGAUAGUAUUUCCAGGACCGUCAGCAAUGGUGUUAAAGAUGAUCCUACGGCAGAGUUUGAUUUUACUGGUCUUCACAUAGUUGGAACAUGCAAGGAUAUAGAAAAACCGUAUUUGCGGCUAACAUCUGCUCCAGCUCCCUCUGCUGUACGACCGGUAAGUGUACUCCAAAAUUCUUUGGCACAUGUCAAGAAGCGCUGGGUGGCUGAACAAGACUAUAGAUAUGCUUGUGAUCAACUUAAAUCCAUUCGACAAGAUCUUACCGUCCAAGGUAUCAGGGAUGCAUUUACAGUUCACGUGUAUGAAACACAUGCCCGUGUAGCUCUAGAAAAAGGCGAUCAUGAAGAGUUCAAUCAGUGUCAGACACAGUUAAGGAUGCUAUAUCAAGAUGUUGGCGGAGAGAACCGGUGUGAAUUCAUUGCAUACCGAAUACUGUAUUAUAUUUUUACCAAGAAUACUCAAGAUUUAACGACAAUUUUAGCAGCUUUAUCAAAAGAAGACAAACACGAUGAGUGCAUAAAGCAUGCACUGAAAGUACGUUCAGCUUGGUGGCUGGGCAAUUUCCAUGCAUUCUUUAAAUUAUACGCCGUCGCUCCAAGAAUGGCAGCCUUCCUGAUGGAUUGGUUUGUCGCAAGAGAGCGCAAGAAUGCAUUGAAAUGCAUGUUAAAGUCCUACCGGCAAAAUUUGGCGGUUGAUUUCGUCGUAGCAGAAUUGGCCUUUGAAUCUUUGGACAAGUUUUAUGAAUUUGUCAAUGAAUUCGGGUUGGUUUAUGCUGAUCCUGAACAACAACUAAUCGACUGCAAGACAAGCAGUGGUUCUCUAGGUGCUUGGUAAAGGCAACGUCAAUCUCUAGUUUCUUGUGGAAGCCGCAUAACAAAUCAAUUGGUCUCGUGCACACUCGUAUGCACAAGUCCUCCAUGUGUGUGCCCAUAUGCAUGUGUUUUCUCCCAGUAUAUGCGUAUAUGUGAUCACACACAUGCAUAUGCAUAUGCAUGUGCAUAUAACCAUGGUACACACGUCACCCCGUUACGAUGAUUCUUCUCGCCUAUUCUCUUUAUGAUCAUCAUUGCUCUUCGCGUUGAUCGACAUCAAUUGGUCGAACAACAAUUUUGUAAAUGAAAAUUCCCCCCCACAAUGAGUUUGUACAUACGUCUCAAUCUCGGCCCACCGUGUACACGUGCAUAGCCUCAAGCAAGGAAUUUCGUGGGCUAGAAAAUUGUACAAAGAAUAUAGGAUGAUUGGUUCCGGUCAUCCGUAACUACCUCAAUUCAAACUCGGUAUGAAGCCGAGGCUCGUAGUGAAUUACGGAAAAAAAAAACAAACAAAAUAAGAAGGAAAACAACAAAUCGUCUUUGGGGGAAAAAAUCUCGUUGGGUCGAACUUCGAGUUCUUCGAUAACAGCCAAGUCCCUCCCUUCGUUAAUUGUUACAUGUCCUUUGUUAUCGUCUCUGAUCAAUCGUAACCGUCUUUCUUAAACGCUGUCCACAAUGAAAACGGAAUUUUUUAACCGCUUGCCAGUCCUUUCUACCUGAUCGAAAAAUGCUUCAUGGUUACUUCAAAGCGGGGAGCUUCGAGAUUCGAAUGGAUGUGCCAGGGAAAAGGAAGUGAACCCGUAGCAGUGAUAAUCGCGAGGAGUACUAAAUGGAAUUACUGCAAUUGAUUCGGACGUGAACGUAUGGAGGAAGGAAGACCACCAUCGAAGCUACGGACGAAACGCGGCGAAGAACUGCUUUAUGGGAGAUUGAGGGCUUGAAAGGCAACUGGCACACUUAAUAGGCAUAUCGAUGAAGAGGAAAUUGAAGAAUGCUGUGAAGGAGACCAACGGGUUAUGCCUUUAUUGUAAAAAAAAAAAAAAAAAAAAAAAAAAAAAAAA